CCUGGUGGUCCAGAGGUUAAGAAUCCAUGCUUCCACUGCAGGGGACACGGGUUCAAUCCCUGGUCAGGGAACUAAGAACCCGCAAGCCGCGGGGUGCAGCCAAAAAAAUAAAGAAAGAAAGAAAAAGAACAAAUUCACUCUUUCAGCUGGCUUUUCCUGAGUGCAUCCUUUCUGCUGGGCCUCCCACUGGGGACGCUGAGGUGACCUCCCUGGCAUGGGGGUGAAGUGGAGCCUUCAAAGUGGGGGCACCUUGCUGGGCUUCUUGGCCAACAUCCUCACCAUUCUGUCCAUGGCCACCAACUACUGGAUCCGCUACUCUGGGGGCCACAGUGGCCUGUGGCAGGAGUGCAGCGGGGGCACCUGCUCCAACAUCUCCUGCCAGACCAUGCUGGCGGUGACCGGGGCGUGCAUGGUGCUGGCGGCGGGCUGCAGCAUCGUGGGCUUGGUGAUGGGGCUGCCGAUUCUGUGCCAGGAGGGCGACUCGCGGGGCCGGACCACAAGUGCCAUCUUCUUCCUCUGCGGCCUGCUGCAGCUGAUCGCCAUGACAGGCUACGCAGUGAAGAAUGCAGGGAAAAACGACGUCUUCUUCUCCUGGUCCUGUUUUUCGGGGUGGCUGGCUUUACCCUUCUCUGUUCUCGCGGGCUUCUGCUUUCUGCUGGCGGACAUGAUCAUGCAGAGCACGGAUGCCAUCAGUGGAUUCCCCGUGUGCUUAUGACCGCAGCUGCCUGGGGCAGAAUAAAGGAACUGCUUCCAUUGCCGCGGCUCCACGUGCCUUUCUGGGGGACCUGAGGACGCGGACACGGGGGUACCUGGAGGCUCAGGGAGGAAGUAAGGACACGAACCUAU